AUUUGAUAAAGCAGCGUUUAUGAAGAUGAGCUUAAAACAUGUGCUGUGCAUAGUGGCAUCGUUAUAUAUAUUUAUAUCAUUCAGUGUUUUUAUUAUUUUUAUAGUGACAACGGAUUAUUCCGAAGAAUCGUCAACUUCUUACACCCCUGAUCCUAAGUAUGAGAAUGCAAGGCGGGAAACAAGGAGGUUAUCACAAGAAAUGUGGAUGUACAUGGAUAGCCAACUAAAACGACUGAUAAGCCAAAACGUAGAAACAGAAACUAAAUCUAUUAAAGACAUACUUGCUUUUGGCUCUCACAUUCAUACGGCGAUUUUAUCGGCACAUGACACAUUGGAGGACGAGUUUGAAAAAUGGCGAAAUUUGCGAUCAAACGAGGUGAGCAGAUUUGUCCAGGAGCAACUAGACACAAUCCAGCGUGCCAAUGAAUAAAUAACCACUACAAUGUCAAUGAGUUACAAAAGAGGAGAAGCAUGUGUAUGGCGAAGAGAGACAGCUACCAGCCACAGUUUCAUUCACAAUAAAUAUUGCUUCGUUAGUUUCUAUCUGUCUGAUUUAGAAUAAAACAAUGAAAAAACUUU